UAACGGUAUUAUAUCUUCAGUAGCACUUCUAGCGGCAGUAGUGUGUGCUACACUUGGCCCGGGUGUGGGUGUGGGUGUGAGUGUGAGCAGCGGCCCCUCCUCCUUGGGGGCGGGUGUUUCCUGCAGUAUGUGCAGCAGCUACCACAGCCCCCCUUUCACAGAUUCAUCCGAUUAUCACUCCAAGACCCAUUCCAAAGGAGCCGUAAAUUGCCUAAAAAGCGGUGUAUGUAUCCAACUGGAGGGAUAUCUGCAACCAUACAAGCUAACAGGCUGCGGGCAGAAGGCAUGGGCUCCAAGGAGCAUGCUUUGCACUUCUCCAACCAGGACUACGAGGCCCUGAAGCAGGAAUGUUUGGAGUCCGGCUGCUUGUUUGAAGACCCCUGUUUCCCCGCUGAGCCUCCAUCCCUGGGCUUCAAGGAGCUCGCCCCCUAUUCCUCCAAAACUAGGGAUGUGGAGUGGAAGAGGCCUACGGAACUGACGGAUGACCCUCAAUUCAUUGUUGGGGGUGCCACCAGAACGGACAUCUGUCAGGGAGCGCUGGGUGACUGCUGGCUCUUGGCAGCCAUCGCCUCUCUCACCCUGAACGAGAGGCUUCUUCAUCGGGUUGUCCCACAUGGGCAGUCCUUCCAAGAUGACUAUGCUGGAAUCUUCCACUUUCAGUUCUGGCAGUUUGGCGAUUGGGUAGAUGUCGUGAUAGAUGACAGACUGCCUGUCAAAGGUGGGGAGAUCAUGUUUGUCCAUUCUGCUGAGGGUAAUGAAUUUUGGAGUGCUCUCCUGGAGAAAGCAUAUGCCAAGUUGAAUGGCUCUUAUGAGGCUCUGUCCGGAGGGAGCACCACUGAAGGCUUUGAGGACUUCACAGGUGGUGUGUCUGAGAUGUACGAGCUCCGCAAGGCUCCCAAAGAUCUCCACAGGAUAAUUGCCAAAGCCCUGGAGAGAGGCUCUCUGCUGGGUUGCUCUAUCGAUAUCACCAGUGCCUUCGACAUGGAGGCUGUUACAUUCAAGAAGCUUGUGAAGGGCCACGCCUACUCAGUCACUGGAUUGAAGGAGGUUGAUUUCCGCGGCAACAUGGAACGCUUAAUCCGAAUACGUAACCCGUGGGGUCAGGUGGAGUGGACUGGUGCCUGGAGUGAUAGUUCCCCCGAAUGGGAUGAGGUUGACCCUUCUGAACGAGAAGACCUGCAUCUUCAGAUGGAAGACGGGGAGUUUUGGAUGUCGUUCAGUGAAUUCAAGAGGCAGUUUUCUCGGCUAGAGAUCUGUAACUUGACUCCCGAUGCUCUAAGUGAAGACAGCCUUGGCCAUUGGAACACCAUGAAGUUCUACGGCGCGUGGAGGAGAGGCAGCACCGCUGGAGGCUGCAGGAACCAUCCCAACACGUUUUGGAUCAACCCCCAGUACAAGAUCACGUUGCUGGAGGAGGAUGAUGACCCGGAGGACGAUGAGGUGGCGUGCAGUUUUUUAGUAGCUCUCAUGCAGAAGGACCGCCGCAGGUAUCGGCGCCAUGGUCAGGACAUGCACACCAUUGGCUUUGCUCUUUAUGAGAUUCCAGAAGAGUUCAGAGGCUGCCAGAAUGUCCAUUUGAAGAAAGAUUUCUUUUUGAAACAUUCAUCGUGCGCUCGCUCUGAGACCUUCAUCAACCUGCGAGAGGUGAGCACACGGCUACGUCUGCCCCCCGGAGAGUACCUCGUCGUCCCCUCCACCUUUGAACCCAGCAAGGAGGCGGACUUUGUCCUGAGAGUCUUCACUGAGAAGCAAUCAGAAACCGAAGAACUGGAUGAUGAAAUCUCUGCCGAUUUAGGAGAUGAUGUACGUAUCAGCGAGACAAAAAAGAAAACGUUACAUACUACACUGUAUGAAGGUAAAAUAAGUAGGACCCUGAUGAUAAACCAAUGCCUCUAUAUCUGUGGUUUCCUCCAGGAUGAAAUAACUGAAGACGACAUCGAUGACUCUUUUAGGUCCAUGUUCGGCCAGCUAGCAGGAGAGGACAUGGAGAUUUCUAUUCAGGAGCUUCGGACCAUUCUAAACCGAGUCCUCUCCCGCCACAAAGAUCUGAAGACUGAUGGCUUCAGUGUGGAAUCCUGCAGGACCAUGGUCAACCUGAUGGAUAAAGAUGGUAGUGCCCGUUUAGGGCUGGUGGAGUUUCAGAUCCUCUGGAACAAGAUCCGAAAGUGGCUGGUCAUUUUUAGGGAUUUUGACCUUGACAAGUCAGGGGCCAUGAGCUCGUAUGAGAUGCGUCUUGCUGUGGAGGCGGCAGGUUUUAAACUGAAUAACAGACUGAACCAGAUUCUGGUAGCCCGGUAUGCAGAGAACGAGAUGAUUGACUUUGACAACUUCAUCUGCUGCUUGGUCAAGCUUGAAGCCAUGUUUAGGUCUUUCCAGCAGUUCGACAAGGAGGGAUCAGGAGAGGCUGAGAUGAAUAUCAACGAGUGGCUCUACCUGACAAUGUGUGGUUGAAGCGUACGGGAGGAGCUUGGAGAGCUAAGUGCUUGCCUGCAGAUUGCCAUGAACCUGGAGAACUAAAGGCCCCUACACCUUAGCGACCUGUUGAUCCUUUAACACACCCCACCUCAAUGUACGUAAAGUAGUAAAAUAGCCGUCUAACGGGAAACCAAGAGUCCAACCAAGCCAAGAGUCUCGCGACCGAAUUUUAGCGACUAUGCAAACCUACAGCAUUCACUGUGCCACUUAGAUCUGUCAUCUCUGUAAAAACAGCAUGAGUUUGUGCAUGACAAAAAAAAAAAAAAAUCAUUCGCAGCAAUGUGCAUUGUAUGUUGAUUGCAACAUUUUAGUUUUGCUGUCUAUAUGCUUGUCAACUGAUGUACUAAGAAAAAGUUUACUGGUCUCAUUAUUUCAAAAUCUCCCUAAAGGCUAGUUUGCUAAAGAACACAAAACAUAGAGGAAGACAUCUGAAGACGUCUGGUAGUGUAACGCUUUAAGCGGUCUUAUAGUUUGCCUUAAUCAUUCUGCACUUGUUUCCAUUUUGAUGAUCACCUCAGUGUUAAUUUGGUAGUUUCAUUCUUAAACCUGUAGAUGGCAGCACAGACCUGCUCUAAUGUCAAUGUGUUUUUUGGCAUUUGAAACUGAAGUUUAGCCUGUUUUAUUACGCAAAUAUUUAUAUUUAGUUGAGGUUAAGCAGCUGACCAUUGUUUAGUUCUACUUGAUUUUUUAUUUUGCACAGAUUUUGGUUUGAAGAAGCUGAAGUUGCCUCACAUUAGUGAGAAAUACUGUAUUUUAGACCACUCAACAUUUACAGGGAUCACAAUACUAAAUGCCUUAUACAUGACACCAUGUUAUAAACCGCUAUUAAAAUAUGCCAGUCAUGUGUUGUGUAGUAAAUGUGUAUGUUGUGCCUUCUAUAAAUAUUUCCUUUACGGUU